AUGGCACGGCUUUUCCUCGCUCUGCGCGAAUACUCAAGUUGUGCAGGAAAGAUCACCGAGAAGCUCCACUACUUCCUCACCAACGACAUGGGGUGCAAAGGCGCGUGGUUUCUACUCGUGGCAGCCGUGAGUCUAACGUGCGUAAGCGGUGAUACACUGCUCCUGGAGAGCCAAAUAUUGAACCAAACGGAUGAAUCCACCAUUAAUUCUUUAACAAAUACAGCAGGCCUGGUUUCUAAUACUCAUCUAUCUCAUCUGAAAAACAUCGAAACGAAAGAAAUACGACCCAAAACAACUAAUCUCAUAGAGAAGAUCACCUCCAUUGCUUCAUCACAAAUUUCUACUGGUUUUCCUGAUAGUUUAAUACCUACUCCUUCAUAUCCAUUUUGCACCACGGGCCCUGGCUGUAAUGUUUUCCAACGACCGUCGUCCACAAGUCCCACGAGUGGUGUAGAGAUGCGUGUAACCGAUGAGGUGGCAUCGACCUUUCUUGAGUUGGAAACCCAAAACUCACAUACUUCAAUAUCGAUCGACCACCAGGUUCCCACCAACAUUUCCGUCUCCAAAAAUUCGUCUAAUAUUACAAACGAAGACAUAGACGAAUGCCGAUUCAUGUCUUUUGAAGAGUGGAAGCGCCAGAAGCAGGAAGAAGCAGCCGCCGAAUCGGUAAGUGCUUCUUCUGCCAGUGCCGCUUCAAGCGCUGAUCUGCUUAGUUCACAUACACUUGCAAAAGUUAAUACGUCAACCGUGGAUACCACUUAUUCAAGCCCUUCCAAUAUUGCUCAGGAAGAAGAUCAGGGCCGAGUUUACAAAAAAAAAUUCAAUUAUGCUUCCUCGGACUGCGCUGCCACUAUCAUGAAAGCAAAUAGCGAAGCAAAGGGUGCACUGGCCAUUCUCCACGAAAAUAAGGACUCAUAUUUGCUCAACCAGUGCUCGUCUUCCAACAAGUAUGUCAUUAUCGAAUUGUGUCAGGACAUUCUUGUCAGUGAAGUAGUGAUGGGUAAUUUUGAAUUUUUCAGUUCAAUGUUCAAAGACAUCCGAAUUUCUGUUUCCGACCAGUUUCCUGCCACAAAGUGGGAAGUGUUGGGUGAGUUUGAGGCAGAAAACGUACGAGACCUUCAGGUUUUCACCGUGAGAAAUCCGCUUAUUUGGGCCCGUUACUUGAAACUUGAAAUUGUUUCUCAUUAUGGUAACGAAUUCUACUGUCCCAUUUCCGUGGUGAGAGUUCACGGAAAAACCAUGAUGGAGGAAUUCAAGGAAGAACAAAAGGGUGUUGACCAAGUACCCUCAAUGAAUAUUACUAUUGCUACUGAUGUGGCUAACAUCACCACUCAAAAUCUGAACAAUUAUAGCACACGAGAUGAUGAGUGCAGAGUAAUACUUCCUCAUUUAUUGUUGCACGAAUUCCUUCAAGAUAUCAAUGGCACCGACCAAUACUGUGCAGCUGUCGCUGUUGAUCGAGAAGUGAAAACUAUUGAAACAACAGCUACCACGCAAGAGUCAAUCUACAAGAAUAUCAUGAAGCGAUUAUCAUUGCUUGAGUCGAAUGCUACCCUAUCAUUAUUGUACAUUGAGGAACAAAGCAAGCUCCUAUCUACCGCAUUUACUAAUUUGGAGAGAAGACAAACCUCGACUUUCAAUGACCUAGUACAAUCUUUUAAUAUCACCAUGUUAUCUCAGGUGAAAAUCAUGAAGGAAGCUUAUGAGCGAAUACAGAAAGAAGCAACCAUGCUCCUUCAAAACCAAGAAAACCGGUAUCGGGGAGGCUUAAGCGACGCCAAUUAUAAGCUAGGAAUGUUGGCUAAUGAUCUCCGGUUCCACAAGAGAAUAAUCAUCUUCAAUACGUUGAUAAUUAUUUGUCUUCUUGUAUAUGUGGUUUUGACGAGAGACACUGCAAUUGGCGAUUACAUUACCAAGGAAAAACGGUCCCAACGGUGGGGACAGUUUACGGUGAGUAAGAAGAGUGCUUUGAAGAGAAAAUCCAGAAAGAGAGCGAACUAA